AACGAAUGACGGUCACAACAUUGAUUGGUUCCAGUGUAAGACUCUCGUGCGCAUGUGCCAAAUCCAGGUCCAACCAAACUUCCGUCAAAUCCCCGAUCACAUGGACAUUUACGUCACGAUCUGGCGGACCACUCCGCGUCGCCCAUUGGAAUGGGGUUGACAAGAAUGACGUAUCAUAUGUAUCGACCACGAAAUAUCACAUGGUAACAUCUUAUUGGUACCAAGGUGACCUUGUAGUCUACUACGCCUCGCUUGCAGAUCAAGGGAUCUAUACAUGUGAGAUCGUGGAACGGUGUACUGUUUCACUUGAUAUAAAUGUGCCCGUUUCAAAGGUCUUGAUAACUUUUAACAGAGGGCAAUUCCUUAAAGAUGGUGAUGUCGUGACAAUUGAGGAACACAACCUCGCUUUUGUCAAGUGUUACUCGUUUGGCGCCAAACCAGCUGCAAACAUCACGUGGUCAUUCUCUCGUCGACCAAUCACAUUCGAGGUUUCGCGUGUUUCGUUCAGCAGUCACACAUACAGAGGUCGUUUUGAUUCUAUCAGUACACUGAAAAUAAGGCGGAUUUCUGUGCUUGGGUAUCUACGCUUGACAUGUUGUGGUCGUGGGACUGGUUCCUCAAUGGCCAACUCUUCGGUCAUCCUUCGUACUGUAGCUCCUCUUACCCCUCCAACGAUCACUGGAGGUACAAACAUUACCCUCGCUACCAUCCGUCGAUCCGUCAUCUUAACCUGCUCCACCAUAAACUCCUACCCUGUGGCCGUCAUCCGAUGGUAUGUUGGAGGGAUGGAGCAUCCUGGUACCAGUCAUCAUCGGGAGAGACAUGGGCGUUUCGAUGUGACGAGUUACCUUGAGCUGGUAGUAGAUGGAGAGGACGAUGGCCUUGGGAUUAUCUGCAAAGUAUCGUCGCCAUUGAAGACUGUCGAGAAGGCAGUUAAAUUGACUGUUUUUGCCCCUCCCCUGAGCCUGACUGUCAAUUGGACGGAGAGCCCUGUGACAGAAGGCGAAUCGCUGACGGUUCUCUGUACUGCACACGGCGCCAAUCCAGCGCCACAUGUCUACUGGGAAAGGCCAACACACAGAAUCAAGGACACCCUUCAGCAAAAUGAGAGUUUGCUCCACCUAUCUCACGCGACCAGAAAAGACGCGGGCCGCUACAGUUGCCUUGCUGAAAACCAGAUCUCCUCUGCUCCUUCCAUUAGCAGUUUUACACUUCUCAUAUUCUAUGAACCAGUGAUUUUAACUAAACUGCGAACCGUGAUUAUUCCCCAACAGAGGAGAUCUGUCAACAUAACGUGUGUUGCAGAGGCAAUUCCACCCCCUGUGAUCAAAUGGACUAGUCAAUAUUACGUCACCAAUCUCUCUCGACCAAUAACAUUGAUUUCUGGGACUGUGAUAAUAGGUAUCCUAGAGAUACCUGGAAAUCGAGGCGAUCUGCCUUUCACAUUCCACGUCAUGUGUUCAGCAAGUAAUAUUGUUGGAAGAACGUCAUGGACAACAGAAAUAAGAUAUGAGCAAGUUUCAGAUGACGAUGGAGAAAUCUCCAGUGUGCCUACCGCUUCGACAGAGGACCUACCUACACUUUGUGGAGGUCAUCCAGAUGAUAGUAAAAAAGUACCCAUAGAGCGCCCUCUACUGAUUGCCACGAUAUCAGCCUGUUUCCUCUUCCUGCUUGUUGCUGUCUUAUGGUACACAAGAAGGCGAUUAAAAAUGGACGAAUUUUGGCUUGUUCGAAGAGACGGUUUCUACGUUGAUAUGACAAGACGACGUGCUGGGGUACCAGGAAUAUCAACUGUGAAUGAAGAAAUAGUGAGUAACACGACUAGUCCACGACUUACCCCUUCAUCGGGUGCAUCUAUUCGGUUUGAGUUCGUCUCACAGCAAAGCGUAGAGAACACAUAUGACUCGAUACCGGUAGUCAGUGCAAUGCCAACUGCUAUACCAAAUGCAUUGCAACCAAGAAGAAGGAGGGUACAUUCAGAUGAUGGGUAUUACUACGACGUGCCUCCCCCACCCCGAGGGUUCGACACCAUCCGCCGAGUGCAGUCCAGACAAUUACCCACCAUACCCACUGUGUUUGUUCCUCCUGAAACCAUGCAGGCUGUUCUAAGAAGUCUUAGCCGAGACGCGGGUGAGAGGGAGAGGCCCUCGUUGACGCUGGAGCAACAGCCCGGUGGACGCUCGGAGACGAUCAUUAGAGAAGAGGUCCAGCUUUUCAAGAAGAGUCAACUCCGGAGGGUUCUUUCUCUGUAAAACAUUUAAUCUGAGGCCAUCUUCGUCAACCCUCAAGCCCGCCCUCAAGAAGGUUAGCCGGACUCUAGAUAAGAACGGCCGACGUGGUGUAGACGUAGAUUUAUCAGCUAGUGUAUAUUUUGACAGUAUUACAAUAUAUCAAGAAGCAGAGGAUAUUCUUCCAAAGCGCGCUGUCAUUUCUGGAAAACUUUGGGGUAAAACAACCUGUAGUCAUCUACGUCACCCUUCAAUAAGCUUCAUUCUUGAACAAAAGGUUGUGUAAAAAUGUCAGGUUUAUUAAUGGGUGAAGUUAUAGCAGCUGCCAGCGGUGAAGCGGGGGUGCUGAAGCACCUCCAAGAUUUACCAGGGGUGCUGCUUGUGUUAUUCUCCAUAGGUAUAGCACUCCCUGGAAAUCUGGUAUGAUAAAUGUAACCAAAAUGACCUACAUUUUGAUGUGAAAACCCUUUUCUGGGCUUGUUAAAUUUCUCAUGAACAAAAUGGCCUUCAUUUUGUAGUUUGUAGUGAAAACUGUUUUUUUUUUGCUUGUCAAAUUUAAACCAGUACCCCUGUUAAAAAUCGUUCCCAGGGGACCCUGGCAACUGCAGUUGCUGAAGUCACGUAAGCAACCAUUGCAACCUGCCGCUUUCUUUACAUAACUAUUUUUAGAGUGUUCAGUCUUCAGAUAUAAUAAUGCUGGCAAUAUGCUGUCAUUGUAAAAGCAUGACCGAAGAUUUCUUAUGAAGAAACACUCUUAAAGGAAAACUUAACCCAUGGAACUAUAGCACUCCGUCCACAAUUGACGUAUACAUACCAUUAUAGCAGGAAUAAGUUUUUAAUUUUUUUUAAAGAUAUGAUUAUCAGGAAGCAAGGUAAAACACAAAUAUGGUUUUUUUUUUGGCCAAUGUUGUUGUGAAAAUGUUGUAAAUGGUAGUUGAAAAUGUUGUUUUUGUUGCAAUUUUAUGGCUAUAUAAUAAGGCUACAUGAUCAGACACUCAUGGAUGAGGAUCUUUGAAGUCUUGAGCUAGUAAUGUAUAAUAAAAUAACAGAAGCGAUGAAAUAAUUUAUCUCUGUGGAAAAUACUGGCUCAUUUAGUAAGUAUUAGUAAGUAAUUCUUACUAAAUUAUUGAUAUAUUUUCCGCGUUUUUCAGAAGGUAGGAGCGGUCUUUUAGACACAGACAUCAUAUGGAUUCGUUUACAUUUUAUCCAGUUGCGCUAUAAAUUCUUAAUACCAUUCGAAUAACUUACUUCAGUCCAGGAUUUAAUACUAUACCCUACUCUAAACAUAACCCUAAACUUAACCUAACACGCUUUUGCAACCCUAACCAUAACCCUUUCAAUAGUUGACGUAGACGAAAUGAAGCCAGGAGCAAUAGUCGCAGGAGCAAAUGUCCUCAUAAUGAGCUAAAACUUUUUAUUGGGGGGGGGGGGGGCAGACAAGGCGUAUGGCACUGGUGUCGACCCCCCCCCCAUCUGUGCGCCAGUGUAACCGACAUCCCAGGCCAAAGAAAUAACUUUGUUUUAAAGAGUCUUUGCAUUGAAAAUUCCAAGGCAAUACUAACAAUUUUAUUGUUGAAAAUGUGAAGUGAAAUAUAAUUUUUUUAACCAAAAAAAUUCAAUGGAGGACAUUGACGUUUCCUAUGCAAUUCCAUGUCGAUGUUAUUAUGUAAUAUUAUGUAAACAUUUAAGGUACUUCAAAAUUUGUUCUUAAUACUUUUAAGUACCAAAAGUGAUAUAUCAAGGUUUUAUCACAAGUAUCAUCGUUCAAGAGUGAGCGGGGUGAAGAAAGUACAUAAAUGUUAUGAAAAAAAUAUUCGAUUUUGUAUAUAUUGUACAUGUAUAGUCGUGUAUAUUUUGCAUACGUUCGCAAUGUCGGUAACACAGUGAGGGAAAUGAAUGAGACAUAUAGAUAACUGUUUGAAAAUGUCUGGUUUUGUAUAUAUUGUAUACAUAUUCUGUGUAUAUUUUGCAUACCGUCAGAUUUAUCAAUGUCCGCAAUAGUACAGAUAAAAUAGAUAUAUAUUUUUGAAAUAGGUU